AUGGAUGUAUCUUAUUCAUUUACACCUUUGACGGGAUAUAAAGAUAGUUUGGUCAAUCAAAAUGUAAAAUUACCUUUAAAUUAUCCAACCAUCGACAAUCACAACCCUAAGAAAUCUACAACUCCCAACAAUGAAUUCCAUAAGAAAAUAGCUACUACAGGUAAGAUCAUCAAUUUACCUAAACAAUCAAUUGUCCCGGCAGUUUCAAUCUCCGUUUACAAUGAUAUGAAAACCAUUGUUUUAACACCAAUGGAAUUUCAACUGAGUAGUAUUGGUUUCCAAUUUCAAAAUUUGAUUAUAGAUUUACCUCAUUCAACCAUUUCAACCAAUUGUAUUACAUUUUAUUAUCAUCAAGAUCAUAUUUUGAUUGAUUUAAUUGAUCAAAAUUAUUUGUUUAUUACGUUAAAAAUUGCCAUUGAUAGAUUCAUUUUAGGUGGUCAACAACUCACUUUAGAUAAUUUUGAAGAAUGGGGGUAUAUUUCUGUUCCUUAUUCAUUUGAACUAAGAUCUUCACCAUUUUUGUUGAAAUGUUUGGAUAAUUUGAAUUUAAUUGUUUCUUUGAAAGAUGGAGGAUUGCUACAUUUCAAAAGAGAUGAGGAAUUGGGUGAAAUUAAUGUGUUUAAUUUCCAAGAACAAGGUACAUUAAUACCAUUUUUAGGUUUUUUCGGUAGUGGGAAACAGAAAGAUGUUGUUUUAGAUGGGGUUUCGUCUAAUUCAAUUGUUGAUGCUUUACAGAUUGGUGGUAGUGGUGUGGUGAUUACUUUAUCUGUCAACAAAGUGUUGAAACUUUGGAAUCUUGAUGGUCACCAGAACUUGUCUUCAUUGACAAUUGCUUCAGAUGACAAUACAUGGUUACCCACUAUUCCUAGCAAGUAUUUAAAAUCUUAUGAACAAGAAGAUGGGAAAACUAUUAUAACAUUGUUUAUCAAUACCAAAUCAGGAGAUUCAUCAAAGAGUAUGUUUGUAUUCAAAUCAUUUGAAUUAGAAAGUUCAAAUUUGCAUGAUUUGUCAGAUCUUUCUUUCCAACCAGAACUCCCUAAUUCAUUAUUGUUUUCCUCUGAUGUGUUUUAUCAUGAAUCCAAUUUCCAAAACACUAUUUGGUUUAUUCAAGAUUAUGAAGUUGUAGGAUUCGGAACAUCUCAGCUCAAAUACUAUAUUUUAUGGAAAUCCAAUACAUCUUCAAUUUUGGUGGAAUAUACUAUAAACCCAGUUAAUGGUGCAAUUUUAUCAAUUGAAAUUUCCCAUCCUAAUGGGUUUGAAAUUGACGAAAAUAUAUCUGCUUAUCAUGACGCUGAAUAUUAUAUGGAUAGAAUAUUUGAUUCUGGGAAUUACGACUCGUUAAUUGUUUUGACAUCAAUUAAAAUAUUAAGUCAACAUUGGGAAAUAGAUAAUGACAUGGUGGUGACAUCUCAGUCAAUUCGACAAUUGGCUAUAGAUACAAUCAAUUCAAAAGCAGAAUCAGGUACCAUUAAAAAUUAUUGGUUUAAAUUGCAAUCUUUAUGUGAAGAAUUUAAAAAUUUGAGUCAAGAAACAUUGUCAUUGUCAGUUUUCGAUAAUCAAGUUUUAACUUUGAAUGUUAAUGGUCAUGGUAUAUUCCGUAAAUCUGCUUUUUUUGAAUCUUUUGCUAAUCAGAAAUUGAAUAGUGCUGAUGGGAAAUUAAUGCUGAUUUUCAAUAAAUUUGAAACUUUUAUAUCACGUAAAAGUUAUCAUAAAUUGCAUGAAGAAUUACUUCAAUUGAGAAAAAUUUCGGCAAAUGACAUAACAAAUUUAUUCACAAAACACAUUGAAGGAAAAAUAUCUACUGAUGAAAUACAGACAAUUCUAAAAGAUUUAGAACAGAUUCCUGGGAUUGUUGAAAUAGUGAAAUCGUUAAUUGGUAGCUCUGGGUUUGAAUUAAUCGUCGAUGCAAAUUCCAUUUCAAGUAAAGAACUCGGUGCUUUUCACAAAAUAUCUACCGUGAUGAUAUUCAAGAACAUUAUGGAGACACAUAAAACAUUGUUAUUAGAUUUGGUGGUGUUAUUUCUUACAUGUGAAACCAAUGAUCAAAUAGUUGAAUUUGUCAACCAAAUUCGUGCAACUUUGGUACAAUAUGAUGUCAUGGAAGUAGUUUUCACCACAUGUUUGAAUAAGGGAGAAGUUGAAACUAAGAAUAUGGGCCAAGUGCAAAAUUCUAUUUUUUGGUCAUCAGUUGUGGCUACUCAUUCUCAAUUAAAACGAUUAAUUGAGUCAUUACAGCUAAAUGAUGGCUAUGAAUAUUUUUAUAAUAAUGUCUUACCUGAUGACUAUUUAGUUGAUGUGGUUAUUGAAUUGAUCAACAAUAAAGAGUACUUUUUUUUGCAAAAAAAAUUUUUAACCAAGCUUAAUCAAGAGAAUAAGGUGGAGAAACUUUUGGUUGGUUUGAUAUAUUUGUUCAAUAAUGAUGUAAAGUUUUUUUACAAGAUUUUCAAUGAUUAUUCUAAUUUCCAAAAUUUUACUGAAAAUAAAAUUAAAAAUUUGAACCAAGAUGUCAACUUGCAGAAAUUUAUAGAGGCAUUGUUAUCUAACCCUUCCAAAUCUCAAUAUUUCCAUGGAUUAUCAAAAUUGGUUCAAUCGCAAAUCAAAACUAAUGAUAACAAAUCACAACAAGAAGAACAUUGUUUUAUUGAAAUUGCAUCUGAUUUUGAAACUUUAGCCAUUGAAAAUGAAUCUGACAUUACCAUCAGAGAAGAAUUUUAUUUGAAUUUAUUUGAAUUAUCCUUACCAGUUUCAAAUUAUGAUAUUACCACCAAAUGUUUAAAAAAUUUAACUCUUUCGACUAAUUUCAAAAAUUUAAUGACAAAAUUUAUUACGAAAAUAAUUUUUCAACUGAAAUUAGAUAUCAUAUUCCCACCAAAUAAUAAUGAUGAUGAUUUUUAUGGACAACAUUUUUCAUUAAUUGAUUCAAUAAUUGUUAAAGUUGCCCAAGAUUCCAAUUUAUCACAAUCUUUACGAGUUUAUCAAUAUUUGUAUUCAUGGAGAUUAUUUGGUUGUAUGGUGGCGGUGGUCAACAACAAUAAGACGCUAGAAUUGGGUGAUAAAAGAGGUGCAAUUGAAGCUUUAUAUGAAUUCAUUACUCGAUUUAGAAUAGAAAAUCCUACUGGUGAUGUGGAAAGGAAAGUAAAAUUGAAAAUCCUUGAAAUUUAUAUGAUAAUUUUGAAUUUAUUAAAAAGUUUUGAAAAUAAUCAAGAUCAAUGGUUUUUAAAGACAAAUAGCUAUAAAGAGACAACAACAACAAGAAGAAGAUCAAUCGUAUCUUUGAAUGAUUUAAAAUUGGAAUACUUAGAAUGGUUGAAAAAUUUAGAUGAAGAUGUAUCAAUGUUUACAUAG